CCUGUCAUCGCUCCUUUUGGUGAGCUCUCGAUUCAUCCAGCGUCAACAGUCCUACACUAUGCAGUGGAGUGUUUCGAAGGGGCUAAGGUGUUUAAAAACAAGGAAGGUGUGAUCACAGAGUUUCGUCUGCGAGAUAAUAUUCGGCGAUUUGCCAGGUCUAUCGAGCGGAGCGGUGUUGCAACUUUUGAUAAAACGGAUGCGGAAGCUCUAUAUGCGCUGAUAAGAGAAUUGGUUCUGAUCGAUGAGAAGCUGAUUUCGGAUGAAUAUGGAUAUUCCUUGUAUAUUCGUCCAACGUUCAUAGGAACUGAGCCCAGUUUGGAAGUCGCUGCGGGAUCUCGCGGGAAACUCUACGUUAUUUGCAGUCCAGUUGGACCGUUCUUCCCUUGCGGGUUUAAGCCAGUGUCUUUACUAGCAUGCACUCGUAACGUUCGAGCGUGGCCUGGAGGAUCUGGGGGUUUCAAAUUGGGGAGUAAUUAUGCUCCGACUCUGAUGCCCGCUAAAACGGCG